GCUGUCAGACAACGACGAUUGCUCAAGGGGAAUGUUGAAACGAGCUAAUUGUAUUCCAAUGUUGAGAAACACAAAGGCUGAGCGAUUUGAGUAAUAUGUGCUACGAUCGAACAUGGAUAUAUGUAAGUGUUUCUAAUUAAAAGGCAGUUUAAAACAAGGUUGUGAAUUCAAAAUAUUAAGUGAAUUAUUCAUCAGUCAAUGAUUGUCGAUAAAUUAAAUUCAAGAGGUGUAUUGGAAAUAUAAAUAACAAUGGCGGCUACUCAAACAGCACUGCAUUUUUGUGCUUUUCUUGUGUUCGUCUUACUGACAAAUGUAAUCGCACAGCAAAAACCAGAGCAUGGAAAAUGUGAACCAAUUUCAAUACCUCUUUGUAAAGACAUCGCUUAUAACCAGACGAUAAUGCCGAAUUUACUGCAACAUCAGAAACAAGACGAUGCCGGUUUGGAAGUUCAUCAGUUCUUUCCGUUAGUUAAAGUCAAAUGUAGUCCACAUUUGAAAUUUUUCUUAUGUACAAUGUAUGUGCCAGUAUGUACCGUGUUAGAGGAAGCGAUUCCUCCAUGUCGUUCUCUAUGUAAUCAAGCUCGAAAUGGAUGUGAAAGUUUAAUGAACAAGUUUGGAUUUUACUGGCCAGAAAGCUUGCAGUGUGAUCAGUUUCCACCAGACGGUCUUUGUGUAGGAGAAAAUAAUACUGAACCCUUGCCUAGUGGCACAACUUUGAAACCGGGUACCGGAGGAGGAAAUGAUUUCGGAGGGUACUAUCCUUGGAACCCAAACCCUGGAAUAGAAAAAAUUAAUCCAGGAGUAAUCCUCACAAACUCAAGUUAUCCAAAUAAUCAUUUCAAAACAUCAUUUCAGUGUUACAAUAAAUAUGAAGUGAAAGCCGGUCAUGAUUAUCAUUUAAAAAUCGGGGAACAUUUCAUUCAAGACUGUGGUGCUCCAUGCAAGGAUAUGUUUUUUAGUGACGAUCAAAGACAAACAGCAUCGCUUUGGAUAGGUGUGUGGUCAUGUAUCUGUUUAGGAUCAACCCUUUUCACUGUCAUGACAUUUCUUAUUGAUAUGACACGAUUUCGUUAUCCAGAAAGACCCAUUAUUUUUCUUUCUGGAUGUUAUUUCAUGGUUGCGUUAUCUUACGUUGUUGGAUUUGCAUUAAAAGAGACUGAUGUAGAGUGCACAAAAUUUCGUGACGCUGCUGAUUCUGAUUUAUUAUUCAUUACACAAGGAACUAAAAAAGAAGGAUGUACAGUAUUAUUCAUGGCAAUCUAUUUCUUUAGCAUGGCUAGUUCUAUUUGGUGGGUCAUUUUGACCUUAACUUGGUUUCUUGCUGCAGGAAUGAAAUGGGGUCACGAAGCCAUAGAGGCAAAUUCACAGUAUUUCCAUCUAGCUGCUUGGGCCGUACCAGCAAUCAAAACAAUUGCCAUUCUAGCCAUGGGACAAGUUGAUGGAGAUGUGUUAAGUGGAGUAUGCUUUACUGGAAUUUCCGAUGUUGAUGCUUUACGUGGAUUUGUACUGGCACCGUUAGUUCUGUAUCUGGUCAUUGGAACUUCAUUCUUAUUAGCUGGAUUUAUCUCCCUUUUCAAAAUUAGAACAAUUAUGAAAAACGAUGGCACCAAGACAGACAAAUUAGAAAAAUUAAUGGUGCGUAUUGGAAUAUUUUCUGUUCUAUAUACUGUACCAGCUACUAUUGUAAUUGCAUGUUACUUUUAUGAACAAUCAUUCAGAGACGAAUGGAUGAAUAAUUGGUGCUGGAAAGAAUUUACAACAAAAGGAAAAAUUAUUUGCCCUCCUGGGCCAAAAGAAGCUACGCCAGAGUUCAAUGUAUUCAUGAUUAAAUAUUUGAUGACUGUUAUUGUGGGUAUUACUUCAGGAGGUUGGAUAUGGACAGGUAAAACUCUUGGAUCAUGGCGGGGCUUUUAUAGAGGGAUGUGUACAGUUUUUUGUGGAGCUCCUAAAAAUGAAAGUGUUGUGUGAGAAAGUAUCUUGAAAUGAUGAAAAUUGGCAUGGAUAUUUCAUAGCUUCAGUGACCUAAUUUAAUAACACAGUUUAAUUUUUCCCCCAUUUUAUAAGAUGUAGAGUUGAAGAAUUUUGGGAAUUGACAUUUAUUUAAAUAAAAAAAUACAGGAUUUAAAUUUCUUUUGUUGUAAAAUUUAUUCUUCACAUUUAUUUAACUUAUUAACUGUAGAUGGAAGAAUUAAAGUAUUUUGUGAUAUAUUUAAUUGUUUUUUGCUAACUAUUCAUUCAUAAUUAUAUAUGGUAUAAUUGAUUUCUCUAUCAUGAAUAUAAGUGUUGUUUUUACAAUAGUCACUGCCAUCAAAUUACAUUUGAGGAUAAAAUUAUAUGCUACAUGUACAUGUACACAGCAUUAGUCAUAUGUAUUGGGUCAUCAUUACAUGUAUUUCAAGAGGUCAUUGAAACUGUGAAAUAAUUGCUUCUUUAAAUUAUAAAGACAUAUUUAUUUGCAAUAACAUUUUGAGGUUUAAAUAUUAUUUCUGUUUUAUAAUUGUUUUUAUUUUGUUGCUGUUAGUAACUUCUAACUUUUACAAUAAAUAGUGUAUAUAUUGUAGAUAUUUUUUUAAUUGCUUUUACAGUGAUCUAUCAUAUUCACAAGUCAGUGAGUCAAGUCAAUUUCUGUUGAAGUCAUUUUUGU